AUGUCCAUGACGAAGGAGAACAGACCGCCUAAAAGGCAACGAUCAGAAAACUGGUUGGAGGAAGAUAAGUAUUUGCUGAAAGAGUUGGUGAAAGAAAGAGUAAAUGCAAUCGAAAAUAAAAAUACAGACACUAACACGAAUAAACGGAAGGUUGCGGCUUGGGCUGAUUUACAAACAACGUUUAAUUCAAUGUGCGCUGGUAUGAACCGCUCCAUUACCCAGUUAAAAUCGCAAUGGAGCCUCAUAAAAAUCAGUGCGAAGAAAGACAAGACCAUUGCUAGGCAGGCUCAAAUUAAAACUGGCGGUGGUCCACCAUUAUCAGUGCCUGACGAUAGGGCUGAUGAUAUAGCAUCUUGGUUGCCCAAUGAAUUUGUAGUCGAUGUUAACAGAUUUGACUCGGACUCAAAUAAAAGUGAAUUAAUUAACAUUCAAGAGGAGGAAUCAACUCAAAAUACGCAAGAUCAGGAAUUGAUAAAUAAUGAAGAAAUCCAAUAUGAAUUGGUGGUACUUGAUGAAGAAAUAGAAGAUACACAUGCUUGUACUACUAGAGGCAUAUUGGAAGAUAAAGAAAAUAAAAAAGUAGAGGCAAAAGAAAAUAAAGCAAAACCUAAUUUUAAAGCACCAGCAAUCAAAAAAAAAAGGAAACUGUUAAACAAAGAAGGCUUAAUUGAUUUAAGCAAAGUUAGGAUUUCCGAAAUUGCAGAAACAGAAUCAAAAUGCCGGAUUGAACUGCAUGAAGUUCAAAUGGAAAACGAACGGAAGAAAGGGAGAAACUUGGAUCUUGAGCAUCAAUUAUUACAGGAAAAACUUAAAUAUUACACUCACAUUAAUAAAGAAUAA